GCGGUGGGGGUCACGUGACGCGACUACGUGAGGCAGCGAGAGACGCGGCUGCCCGCGCGCCAUGUUUAGCGGAAAACAAAAGGUCCAAAUUCCCAUGCUGAAUGUAAUAAAGAGAACCACUUGUUCGGCCCAUGAGAAAUAACGACACGAGAAUGACAAUAAAUAGUUGGAACGGUUGAUUUUUUUUUUUACCGCCAUGCCUUUUCCUAUCAGCAACCAGGCUCCAGCCUUCCAGCAGACCCCCAAGCAUUAUGGGAUCACGUCUCCCAUUAGCUUGGCCCUGCCCAAGGAGGCUGACCUGGCCCUCACCCAAAAGCUGACUGAGACCUUAAAACCAUACGGGGUGUUUGAGGAAGAGUUGGAACUUCAGCGCAGAAUUCUGGUGUUGGGGAAAUUGAAUACACUGGUGAAGGAGUGGAUCAAAGAGAUAAGUGAUAUAAAGAACCUCCCCGCAUCAUUAAUAGAUACAGUUGGAGGCAAGAUCUUCACAUUCGGAUCCUAUCGCUUAGGCGUGCACACCAAAGGGGCCGACAUAGAUGCUCUCUGCGUGGCCCCCCGGCAUGUGGAGAGAACAGACUUCUUCUCCUCUUUUUAUGAGAAGCUCAAGGAGCAGGAGGAGGUCAAAGACCUGCGGGCCGUUGAGGAGGCCUUCGUCCCGGUCAUCAAGCUAGCGUUUGACGGAAUUGAGAUUGACAUACUGUUUGCGAGGUUAGCGCUGCAAACUAUACCAGAGAACCUUGACCUGCGAGACGACGGGCUGCUGAAGAACCUGGACAUCCGCUGUAUCAGGAGUCUGAACGGCUGUCGGGUGACGGAUGAGAUUCUCCACCUCGUGCCCAACAUCGGCAACUUCAGGCUGACGUUGAGAACCAUCAAGCUCUGGGCAAAACGCCGCAACAUCUACUCCAACAUCCUGGGCUUUUUGGGUGGUGUUUCCUGGGCCAUGCUGGUGGCCCGAACGUGCCAGUUGUACCCCAACGCGGCAGCCUCCACCCUGGUCCACAAGUUCUUCCUCGUCUUCUCCAAGUGGGAAUGGCCCAACCCAGUUCUGCUAAAGCAGCCGGAAGACUGCAACCUCAACCUUCCAGUGUGGGACCCAAGGGUGACUCCCAGUGACCGGUACCACCUGAUGCCCAUCAUCACCCCCGCGUACCCGCAGCAGAACUCCACAUACAACGUGUCCGCCUCGACCCGAGCCGUUAUGGUGGAAGAGUUCAAACAGGGCCUCGCCAUCACGGAUGAAAUUUUGCAGAAUAAAGCAGAGUGGUCGAAACUAUUUGAAGCACCAAACUUCUUUCAGAAAUACAAGCAUUAUAUUGUGUUGCUAGCAAGCGCGCCGACAGAGAAGCAGCACCUGGAAUGGGUUGGAUUGGUGGAGUCCAAGAUUCGGAUUUUAGUCGGAAACCUUGAGAAGAACGAGUUCAUCACGCUGGCUCAUGUGAAUCCACAGUCCUUUCCCGGCCCAAAGGAAGGCAAUGACAAAGAGGAGUUUAGCACGAUGUGGGUUAUCGGCAUCGUCUUUAAGAAGAUGGAGGGGUCGGAGAACCUGAACGUGGACCUGACCUUCGACAUUCAAUCCUUCACAGACACGGUGUACCGACAGGCCAUCAGCAGCAAGAUGUUCGAGCAGGAGAUGAAGAUAUCGGCCAUGCACGUGAAGAGGAGGCAGCUCCACCAGCUGCUCCCAAACCUGAAGCGCAGAAAGCAUUCCACGGAGAGCCUGCGUCAGAUGAACGACAGCAGUCUGGACAUGUCGAUCGACAGCGACAACAGCAUGUCCGUCCCCUCCCCAACGUCCAUGCUGUCUUCCACCCCCUUCAAGGGCCCCCCACUGGGGCCCCCGCCCAGUCCCCUCGGUCCUGGGCCCAUCACGGUCUUCCAUGUCGACGGCCAGCCAAAGGCCGAGGUCGCAGUAGUGGAUGGGUCGAAGACGCCCGGGGUCCAGCCACGCCCUUGCAUCACCCCAGUGCCCGCGAGCCAGACCCCCCCCCCAACCAUGGGUCCACCGGCGGCCAAGAGAUCCGGCUCACCCCUGCCAGAAACGGCGGUGAAGAAGCUGAAAGCGGACGAGAAUUCAGCCACCGAUGUCCCUGGGAACAUUGAGGAGAGCGAGGCAGUCUUCAACCGCAGCGAGAGUGAUCCAACAUCGGAGAGAACUUCCUCCCCUCCGCUGGAAGACACCACAGCAGAGACUCUCCCUGUGAAGGAGGACCAUGUUAAUGAUGAAAGGCAGGAGGAUGAGAACAUGGCUGUUGAAACUGAGGAUACAACACACAAAGAAGAAUUGAAGAACGGAGACGCAAUUAAGAAGACGUCCACAGCUGACCUGUCUGACGUGCCACUGAUCCCUACCAACCCGAUUUCUGUGGUGAAGAACUCCAUCAAGCUUCGCCUCAGCAGGUAGACUCCCGAUUCACAAGGCAAGGAACGCCUUACCUAAACCUCCCCACCCACCACAACCACCGCCACAACCUUUGCUCCCUAUUCUGUGUCAAACGUCCCCUUAAUGUUCUCGUCGCGGACACACAGAGUAACGGAUAAACAGAAGACCCGAUCUGCCCGCGAUAUCAAUCGCCUGAAGUCAAACUGCCGAAGUUAAUUUAGCCUGCUCCAUGCGGCCAACGCCACAAGGGGGCGAUAAAGAACUUCCGCAGAACUCCCCGACAGCCUACUCAGAACACAACGUAGCCCAGAGGAAAGUUUCUCUUAAUAAACUCUCCCUGAGAUGCGUUUCACAUCCACUCGCUCUGAACUCCUCCAAGCACACAGGGUGACGGCGCAAAGUUGUGUACAUACGAGAGUCAAAGACACAUCUUCCCAAUCAGCCAGCCCUUCCUUUGUUGUUGAUCUCUCCGGACUCUGCAAGCAGGGGGGGGGGGGGGGGGGGCAGUUCGGGAGCCCUUAUGUUCAUGUCACAUAGCAUGAGGAGUACAUUUGCCUUCUCCAGAUGCUGUUGAUUUCAGUUUUUUUGUUAUUACCUUCAUUGUGUUAAUUAUGAUAUCAGAUAAUGACCCAAAGCAGCGGCCUGUUGGUUAUUGUUGUGGUUUCUUCAGCAAAGUUAUCCAUCCACAACAUGUUAGCAUUUCCUUUCCUGCUCUUGUUAUCACGGGACUUUCUGGAAAUGAUUCAUUCAGAUAAAAUAAUCUUUUGUGAAAUAAUUUAAGGCAUUUUUUGUGAUCUGGGAGAUAAUAAGUUGCGUUUUUAUUACCACGUGGGCUGCACCGAAUCAACACACACACACACAUACAAACACACACACACACACACACAUACACAUACACACACACCAUUAAUGGAACUGGCUCAGGUUUGAGAACACCACUGACCAAAAUGCUGCUUACCUCAGAGGGGACAAAAGGCACAGACCCUAGCAGUGUGCAACACGAUGUCUAACCACGUGCGUUAAAAUGAUCUACUGUCGGGUUCAAAAUCCGCCACACGUUGUUUCCUAUGUGGCGAAUAAAAAAUAAUAAUCGUUCCCAUGCGAAGUUGCUUGAGGCUCAUUGGAAACAUCCUUACGAUUAAAGUUCUUUCCCGCUCAUUUCAGUUUUUUGGAGCGCUCUUUUAAUUCAAACGCAACCGUUUUUUUGAUGGUUUGAUAAUGAUGAUGCUGAUGAUGAAGGUAGUGGCACGCUAGCACGCCAGUUAGCCUGCUUCUGAACACGCGGACAAGACGCGUGGAGAUAAAGGACAUCAACAAGGCAGGAGGGCAUAUUGGAGGCACCUGCUCUAUCAGAUGGUCCUCGCCAGGAAGACAGUGAUCAGGGUGCGUCCCGGCGCAGGGUCUGAUUAGCCAAACGUCUCGUGGUUGCUUCGGAGCGUGAGUUUCCGGAUCAUUAAUAUGUACAUCUGUUGUACAGUAACAGUAGGUUUUUGGUGUUUUCUGUCUUGUACAAUAGCAUUAAAAAACAAAAAAAACGAUAACAAGAUUAUACUUUGUGUGGAAUUUAAGAUGUGGAGUUUAAGCCUUGAUGGGGUUUAUUUUGAAUGUGGCAUUAAUGGUCUGAACUGAAUUGCGAAAAUGUAUCGUGGCAUAGGUUUGAUGAUUAUUUUUUUCCCCUUUACUUUUGCUUGCUUAGCAUAACCAGAAUUGAAGAUUAAGGACUAUCAAGAAGGUUAAGAGUUUAGUUUGGUUAAACAACACAUGCUUGUUAUUUUGCUGUAUUAAAGUAAAAAAAAAAAAUGUCACUUGUUUUUUUGUUGUAUCAACAUUUUUGGCUCUGUCUAAAAUGUGUGUAUGCUAGUCGAGUGGAAUAUGUUCCCUGAAUCAGAUCUCAGACCAGUGUCAUCCUAUGGUGCAUAAUUCUAGAACAUUUUUCAACAAAAAGCAUACAAUUGUUCCUCCAAUGUUGCGUUUCCGUUCGACUUUUUCUUAAGGACGAAGUAUUGUACUUUUUUUUCACAAAUAAAGGUCUACAAUAUACAAAGAAAAUUGUGAAAGUAGUCCACAUCUUCUUACAUCUCACCCUGUUUUAAAGUUGCACAUUUCCAUACAAUUGAGCUGCAGAGUUGUUCAAAAUCGGGGCGAUAUAAAAGCCAGAUGAAAGCGCUGGAAUACGCAUUAUCAACUGGGGGGAUUUCUGUCAGACGAGACUCCCGUACGGCAGCUCAGGGAGCAGACUGAUAACAUGGCCUAGUUAAAGGUUUUUUGUUGUUUGCAUCCCAAUCCGGUCAAAAUUUCCCAAGACGUAGCUUGUAAGAGUGUGUAUGUUGUUGCUAAGGAACAGCCAUUCCCGCUCCCUCACUCGGUGGUCUCCUUAUGAAUAUCAUUACAGAUCCCUUUCCAGAGAAGCCAAGACACCUUUAUCCUUUCCAGACCAUAUUUAUAACCGUUUCUGGCUCUUGGAUACGGUGAGGGGAUGGUUUAUCUUCAUAUCUGUGCUAGCUUUGUCUGUAGGCUGCAAUAUAUUCACUGCCAAAUGCACUUAUGACACCAGAUUUUAAAGUAAUUUCUUAGACAGAGGAGUUGAUAAACAGAUUAGAGGGCCUGCAACUGUUGUUACCCAAUGCUGCUAUCGUUCCAGCCCCACACUACAGACCCGCCAUCCACCACCAAAAGUACAUACCGUUAAUGGCUCUUCUGCUGCGUCAUUAAUCAUGGACAAAAUUAGGCCUUGGUCCAGAGGUGAAUC